AAAUGAAGCCUCAAAGAAUAAAGAACCUUUUAAACUCGUCCAACCCAAAAAGUAAACUUCAAAAUGAUUGUCUUCUUUUUGUCUGUCUUGUAUGUUUCUGUUGUUUCUGCUCCUUUAGCUUCAGGUCUAGCUAUAAAGAACAUCUUCAGAGCUAAACAGAACAAAAUAGGAACUUCUAUAGAAAUUUGGAUACCGAAACCGAAAAAUCGUAAGUAAAUUGAUGAUGUACCUACGUCAGGUAAACUGCGGGAAUAUUUUUGAAGGUGUCUUUAGGUACACACAAUGCCCCUUCUGUAUGGUGCCACUAAAUGAUACACGAUACACCAGAUAAGUAUAGAAUAGGGCCCUUAGCCAAGAUCUGAUGCUAAAGCCAUCAUCGACGACGACAUCCAGGUAAACGAAAUCAAGAACAAAAAAAGAAUCCAUAAGAGCAAGACAAACAAAAAAGGUAUCUCAUGGAUUUCUAUACAAUAGAGCAAGCAGGCAGCAGAAGCAUUCCCAGGCUUGGGAUGAUCUUCGAUGUAUCUUUGCUCUCGAAGUUGAUUACCCCUCUAAAUGGUGAUGGUGUUGUUCGGCUUUGGGUUCAGGUUCGACUGCGACUUUGGCUUUGAUUCCAGGCUGCUGCCGUUCGUUGAUGGUUGAUCGUUGAAUGUUGAUCCAUCUCUCAUCCAUCUGUUCCGUAAACGACCAACGAUAGCGACGACGGACGACCAUGCUACCGCGCCGCACCGUGCCGCCGACGACAGCUUCAUAUACCUAUAUGUUUGCUGAAGGUCUGUCAAAGUCCUCAGUAAGUGUCUUGUUUUUGUGCGGGAAGGUGAGUCGUGAGAGUGAGAGAAUAUACAUUAGCGAUACAGUGGCUAUACUAUCGAUUCGUCCGACCGUUCUAGUGGCGCUUGGAAUUUCCUUAAAAUUUAUUCGUUCAUUGAAAGAAUUGAAAAAGAAUUUAAAGUUCAAAUAUUGAAAAUGUCAUCUUUCUACAAAGUGAUGUCAAUAACCACGACCAUAAUAGUGACGUUAAUAGUGAUAUCUUCAGCAAGUGAUAGUUUAAAGAAUAAACCUCCUGGUAUAGAUAAGGAGCUUCAAGUUGAAGAAGAAGGAAUUUACACAAUCAGUGAUUUACUCGUACCGCGAGUUUUUAAUCCAAACCUCAAAGGUCAAGGUAACAAUCCACGGGGAAAUAAUGUUAAAUUACAACCAUCAACUUCAGCCAUGACGAUGAUGGAUGGUGAUCAUUUGGAUAAAGGCCAAAAGAAUCACCAUAGUCGUUUGCCAGCGUUCCUUUUUAAUUCCGAUUUGAAUAAAAUCCAAUCGAAUGCUAAGAAUAUUGUAAAUGAUUCGGGGAAUAAUUUUGUUUACGAGCGCAACAUUAUUGUGGAGCCAGCUUUGCCUGCGGAUAAGAUACGUGCUGAAAUGGAGGCGCUCAGUGGUGGCGAUAAAAUCAAGGGAGACAAUUCCAAGGGUGUGCAUAAGGAGAAGUUGCAACGCAGACGAUUGUCUUUACAGAGACGUAUUUUAAAAUCCAAUAAAAGAAGGAACAAGAAACGCUUAUCCAAAAGGCAUUUGAAAAAGAAAACUAAGCACCCUAAAAACACCAAUAAACUAGCACUCGCCCCAAAACAACGACGACGUGUUCCAACAAAACCCACGAAAACCACAGCAGCCCUCAGUCUUACCAGAAAUCCACGUGCAGUAACUGCCAAAAAGGAUCGCAUCUGGGACUAUGGAGUUAUCCCAUACGAAAUUGACCGGGUCUUUAGUGGCUCUCACAAGGCCCUCUUCAAGCAGGCGAUGCGACAUUGGGAGAACUUCACUUGCAUUAAGUUCGUUGAACGUGACCCCAAACUACAUCCGAAUUACAUCUAUUUCACCGUAAAAAAUUGCGGAUGCUGUUCAUUUGUUGGCAAACGCGGUAACGGACGACAAGAUAUCUCGAUUGGACGUAAUUGUGAAAAGUUCGGUAUUGUUGUUCAUGAAUUGGGUCAUGUUAUAGGAUUCUGGCACGAGCAUACCCGCACCGACCGCGACAAGCACAUAAUCAUAAAUCGCGCCAACAUCAUGAAGGGCCAGGAGUACAAUUUCAAUGUACUCACACCUGAGGACGUGGACUCAUUAGGGCAACCAUACGACUAUAACUCAAUUAUGCACUAUGCCAAGAACACGUUCUCCAAGAGCCUAUACCUGGACACGAUUUUGCCAAUUGGCCAGCCCACUUCAGCCGAAGACCGCAUAGAAAUUGGCCAGAGGUUGAAGCUUAGCAGGGGCGACAUUGCACAGGCUAACUUGUUGUACAAAUGUUCGACAUGCGGAAAGACCUUUCAACAAAACUCUGGUGACAUAGUGUCACCACAAUUCUACUACGCUGGCAGUGGUGAGAGUACAACAUCCGGUAAAGAUGAAAUUGACAGUGUGAUGCUGCCCGAACGCUGCGAGUGGCGAAUAACCGCAACCAAUGGUGAAAGGAUUAUUUUCAGGAUUCAUCAGUUGAAUCUUUUGGAAUCAACGAACUGUGAAAAGGAUUAUUUGGAGAUACGCGACGGUUAUUGGCACAAAUCACCCAUAAUAAAAAGGAUUUGCGGUAAUGCAACAACGGAAGUGAUUAAAACCGAUUCAAGUCGAAUGCUUAUUAGCUACGUGAACCAUAAUGUGGUUAAAGGAUUUAAAGGAUUCAUCGGGGAUUUCGAAGUGAUUUGCGGUGGUGAAAUCGAUCUGACCGAAGAACGACGCCUCGACUCACCAAAUUAUCCCGUCGAAUAUUUAGCCGAUAAAGAGUGCAUUUGGAAAAUUACCGUGCCGGAGAAUCACCAGGUAGCCCUUAAGUUCCAAUCAUUUGAAAUAGAAAACCAUGAUAAUUGCAUCUAUGACUAUGUCGAAAUACGUGAUGGCAAUCGAUCCGAUUCGGAGCUAAUUGGAGUCUUUUGUGGCUAUAAACUGCCACCGAACAUUAAGACCAAUUCAAAUCAAAUGUACAUUAAGUUCGUGUCGGAUAGUACAGUACAAAAGCCUGGAUUUUCUGCGCUUCUGAUGCAGGAAGUGGAUGAAUGUAAAUUCAGUGACCACGGAUGCCAGCAUGAAUGCAUUAACACCCUGGGGAGCUAUGAGUGUGGCUGUUUUGCUGGUUAUGAACUGCAAACGGAUGGCAAAUCAUGUGAAGAUGCAUGUGGUGGAAUAAUCAAUGCAACAACAGAAUAUGGAACAUUAACUUCGCCCCAGUAUCCUGAAAUGUAUCCUUUGGAAAAAGAGUGCGUUUGGGAGAUUAUUGCCCCACCCAAUCAUAAUGUUUUCCUUAAAUUCACUCACUUCGAAUUGGAAGGGACGAAGUAUCAAUUUAGCGAAUGCCAUUACGACUAUCUGACUGCCUAUUCAAAGCUGCGGGAUAAUCGCCUUAAGAAAAUCGGGGUGUUUUGCGGCAAUGAGAUUCCAUCGACUAUAAAUUCAGAACAGAGCAUUUUGCGAUUAGAGUUUUUUUCUGAUAAAACUGUGCAGCAAAGUGGAUUUUCGGCCUUAUAUCACAUAGAUAAGGACGAAUGCAGUGAGAACAAUGCCGGUUGCCAACAUCACUGCCAGAAUACACUAGGCUCGUACAAGUGCAGUUGCCGGAAUGGCUAUACUCUGGACGAUGAUGACCACAACUGUACCGAAACGAAAUGCAAAUUUGAAAUAACCAAUCCGUAUGGGGUCGUCCACAGCCCCAAUUAUCCGGAGGAAUAUCCCCGGAACACAUAUUGCUUUUGGCAUUUUUCCACAGCUCUGGGACAUCGAGUCCAGUUAACUUUCCAUGAGUUUGAGGUGGAAAAUCAUCAGGAAUGCAUUUAUGAUUCUGUUGCCAUCCAUGAUGGAAAAUCGGAGAACAGCUCGACAUUGGGAGUUUACUGCGGCGGUAGGGAGCCAUACGCAGUCUUGGCAUCUACAAAUGAAAUUUUUAUGGUCCUGAAAACUGAUGCUGGUCUACAGAAGAAGGGAUUUAUGGCAACUUAUUCAACAGAAUGCGGAGGAUAUUUGCGGGCAACGAACAAAACUCAGGUGUUCUACUCACAUCCGAGGUUCGGAAGUCGUCCGUAUAAACGUAAUAUGUACUGCAACUGGCGCAUCCAAGCUGACCCCGAUAGCAGUGUCAAGAUAACAUUCCUCAGCUUCGAAGUAGAAUACUCGGACAGAUGUGACUACGAUUCACUUGAAAUAACUGAAGAUGUGAAUUACAUGAGGAAUACAAACCAUGGAAAAUACUGUGGCAAUAGGAAACCAUCACCAGUGACUUCGUACUCGGAUACUUUGUUGGUUCGAUUUCAGUCUGAUGAAAGUACAUCCUUAAAGGGAUUCGCUAUAUCAUUUGUAGCUGUUGAGCCACCCGAUGAGGAGUCCGGAGAUGCAUUGGACUCGGUAACACCAUUUCCAGGAUAUAUGAAGAGUGUGUAUUAUGCGGCGGAUGGUGGUAGUUUUUACGAUGAUUACGAUGAGUCCAAUCGGAAACAGGUUAUGGGCGGCAGCAGUGGGGCGAAGUUUAUUUAAAGUACAUAUAUCUUUGGUAUAAGCUCAAACUCACUGGAGGGCUUUUUAAUUUUUUUUUUAACGAUGUUCGUUAUUUAUCAGUUUUUGAUUUAAUGGUGUAAAUAUGUAACUUGUAUAUUAUUUUUUUAUUUUUAUAUAGAAUUUAAGAAUAUUAUUGUAAUAAAAUAAAGU